AUGGCGAGGCAAGAUACAGGCGACGCUACAUCACCCACCCGUCUCGACGGAGCAGGACCAGGAACAGAAAAUUACCUUGCUCAUUCAGCUUCCAAUCUAUCAAUACCCCAUCCGCCAGAGUCCGGAAAACGCAGACUCCUCCUCAUCUAUGUUCAUGGCUUCAACGGCUCCGAAGCCAGUUUCCACGCUUUCCCCGCACAUGUGCAUAGUCUGUUGACGGAUGCGUUGGCCGAGUCUCAUGAGGUGUACACCCGGAUUUAUCCUCGAUAUAAGUCUCGGGGUGAUAUGAAAAUUGCUCGGGAUCAGUUUAGUAGCUGGUUGUCGCCUCAUGAAGCAAAUGACCUCGAUAUCAUUCUAUUAGGACAUAGCCUGGGCGGCAUCUUAACAGCAGAUGUCGCUCUCCUGCCAUCAUCACCUUUACAUCCACACCAGACUCGAAAACAUAACAUCUUAGGCCUGAUCAAUUUCGACGUCCCGUUCCUUGGCCUACAUCCCGGGAUAAUCCAAACUUCAUGCAAGAGUCUUUUCCACCGAGAUCGAGAUCGAGAUCCGAGCCCAGCCAAGCAUGAAACCGAAACCUUUUCGGAAACCGAAACAGAAACACAAAUCACGGCUGAAGCCAUCGCCGCGUUUUCUCCUUCUCAUUAUGAUCCCCCGUUCUUUAAUGAUGUACGCUGGGCCGAACGGAGCGGUAUGCAGGGGGUCGUGCAUUUUUUUGAGAAAAAUUAUAAUCGGCUUGCGAAAUCUAUACUCACCCGCAUUGUUUCUCCGUAUGAGUUUGCGGGGUGUUUGAAUAAUUACCCGACACUUCGCCGGCGGUAUAAACAACUCAUGGAUAUGGAAGCUGAGCAUGAUCAAGCAUCCAGGAUUAGGUUUGUGAAUUAUUACACGGCAAGUGAGGCUCCUGCACCAUUGAAGGAUAAGGAUAACGCUGGAGAAAGCGAACACUCGCCACAUGCGAGUAUGGAACAUUCAUCAUCGCCAGUCGAUGCAAAGGAAACCUCUUCAUGUACGGAGGAAAAGUCGGAAAACGAGCCCGAGCCCGAGCCCGAGCCCUGCUCAUUGACACCGACCACAUCGCACCCAGAAUCGGAAGUACGGCCUGAACCAGAACGAGACCCAGACCCAGACCAAUCUGAUUGCACCUCCGAAACAGUCGAGUGCACUUCAAAACAACACAAAGAGAAGAAACGGCGGAAGUUUGUCCUAUUACCAUCACAUCACUGGAGCCAUGGUGACGAUUCUCUCUGGAUUCCGGUGAAUAUGGAUAAUAUGAAUGAGAUAACUGCCCAUCAGUCGCUAUUCUUGCCGCAUGGAAGAAGCUAUGACCAGCUGGUUGGGGAUACCAUGGCGACGAUCGAGCAGUGGAUACAGGUUGAUCUGACGCAACGGAUGCUUGCGCAAGAGGAACAGGAGAGGGGGAGUGAUGUAUAUAAGGAAUCAUGA